GGAGCAGGUGCCGGAAACCCGACGGGCGUGCGGAUUUGGGGGAUGAUGUUUUGCCAUGUUACCCAGGCUGGUCUCGAACUCCUAAACUCAAGCAAUCCACCUGCCUUGGCCUCCCAAUGUGCUUGGAUUACAGGAAUCUGUGGCUUGGGAACUCUUCAAGAAAUGCUGAUGUGAAGUUUGAGAAGUGCUGGUUCACAGAGGCUUGAAGAAGCACCUGGGCUUUAUUUGGGGACGGAGCAGCAGCUGAUGCCUCCCUCAAUGUUCUGCAGAUCCCAGAGCAAAGACCUCUGAGUUUACCACCCCACCCUGCCCUGCCACGGCUCACCCCUGCGGUGGGCUCUGCCAGAGGAGGAAGAGCGGGACCCUCAAGCUCUCUCUGGGGCCUCAGCUCCAGGUUGACCUGUGCUCUCAGGCAGCCUCUCCCCACAUGAUGGUGAAGAUGACCACCAGUUGUAUCAGAUCUUUAUCCUACCAGCUUAGCAACACUGGCAGAAAGGGAGCGCUUUCUCUGCAGAUGUUCUAGCAAAAGUCUCAUGGCUGAAUUUCAUUGACUUAGCUUGACUCACAUGCUCACCCCUGAACCAUUCUGAUUGACUACGCCUGGGACAUGUGCUCACCUUGGAGUUGAGAGGAGGAUUAGCCCCAUCCAAACAUCACCAAAUGAGAAAACUGAGGCUUGAGAAGAUGGGGGCCAUUUGCCCAAAGUCCCUGAGUACGAAACAUAUGAGGAGGAGGGCACCGUAUCAAUAGUGUAUCAACUUCUGUAUCAACAGUGCUUCUCUGAGUGGCUCAAACCCAAUGCUACACAAGAAGGACUUUUACCCAACCAUGACGCUACCAAGCCUGUAGCAUCCUAGUAGAUUGUUCACCACUUAUCACUCAUAUGUGGUCUAGAGACCAGCAGCAUCAGCAUCACCUGGGAGCUGGCUAGAAAGGCAGAAUUUCAGGCCCUGCCCCAGACCUACUGAAAUGGAAACUUCAUGUGAAAAAGGUCCCCAGCUGAUUGUGUGCACCUUGAAAUUUGAGAAGUGCUGGUCUCUACCAUGGAUCAUACCAUGGAUCAAGGAGUUCCAGGUGACUCUUCCAUCUGGCCAGGAUUGCAGUUAAUCCUAAAACAAGUUCUCUUCUCCUAAACCUUGCAGAAGAGGAGGAUUUUGCAAUCUAUGAGCUUGCCAGGGCUAAAGAAGUUCCUGCAAGAGAAGAGUGGGGCCUGGGUCUGCCUUUCCCAUUGCCAAGGUGCCUUCUGCUGGCAGCAUCAUCCAUUAUGACUGACCAUGGCAAAUGCCGGUCAGCUGGCCUCACAGCAGGUGUUAGGAAAAUAGUCUUUGGCUUGGUUAUACUAUCUGGCUUUCCCCAGGGAGAACCCAGACCUUAUUUAAUCCUAGAGCCACCCCCUCCUCCCUUAAUCUCUCUGCAAUGUGGAAUCCCAGAGGCUACUAUGGAGUGGCUCGUUUUGCUAAAUAUGUAUUUACCCAGCAACUUCUACAAAUCAUCACUGGAGGGAUGCUUUCCCAGCUGCAUAAGCAGCGUUAAUUCCAGGCGAUGCCGACCUGCUUAGAGCAACCACAUGAGGAAAAGACUCAGAAUGGAUGGAAGUUGUUUAUAAAUUCUCCUCUACUGCAUACUGUUAAGAAGGGGAAAGAGGAGUGCUGUACUCACCCUGAAUUCUUUCUUGCACGAGAUCCAAGAACUGUCUGUUGGGGUCUGCGCCGGGACCACUGUUCUGUAACAUAUUUCUGGCGUCCACAGAAGGCACUAUAGUGAGGAAACCACUGACUUUGGGUGAUGUUCUCUCUCUCGGAUCACUCCCUUCAGGUGAAGCCAACUGCCAUAUUGUGCAGAGGCUCCAGCCUCCCGUGGAGAGGCCCACACGGAGAGGAUCUGCCAUCGCCAGCAGGAGCUUUCCAGCUAUCAGACUGCUGUGACCUCAGAGCCUGCAUCUCAUUCAUGGUUCCCAUAGGGCCCAGAGAAUAUCCAGCAAGAAUGACGCUUCUUUCUGUGAGCCUCAGUCUCCCUAUUUCUUAACACAAAAGGAAUAACACCUGCCUGGAAAAGUCCCAAGGAAGACUAAAUAACAAGAAAGAAUAAAAGAAGUUCUUGGCACAUAGCAGGUGUUUCUAGCUGUGUACAGGGACUGAUUGGCUGAGGACUCACAUCGGAGAACUGCAGACAACAUAACAGUGAAUGAGAAUGGAGGAUGAAGAUUACAACACUUCCAUCAGUUAUGGUGAUGAAUACCCUGAUUAUUUAGACUCCAUUGUGGUUUUGGAGGAGUUAUCCCCCUUGGAAGCCAGGGUGACCAGGAUCUUCCUGGUGGUGGUCUACAGCAUCGUCUGCUUCCUCGGGAUUCUGGGCAAUGGUCUGGUCAUCAUCAUUGCCACCUUCAAGAUGAAGAAGACAGUGAACACGGUCUGGUUCCUCAACCUGGCAGUGGCAGAUUUCCUGUUCAAUGUCUUCCUCCCGAUCCAUAUCACCUAUGCCGCCAUGGACUACCACUGGGUUUUUGGGACAGCCAUGUGCAAGAUCAGCAACUUCCUUCUCAUCCACAACAUGUUCACCAGUGUCUUCCUGCUGACCAUCAUCAGCUUUGACCGCUGCAUCUCUGUGCUCCUCCCUGUCUGGUCCCAGAACCACCGCAGCGUUCGCCUGGCUUACGUGGCCUGCAUGGUCAUCUGGGUCCUGGCUUUCUUCUUGAGUUCCCCAUCUCUCGUCUUCCGGGACACAGCCAACCUGCAUGGGAAAAUAUCCUGCUUCAACAACUUCAGCCUGUCCACACCUGGGUCUUCCUCGUGGCCUGCUCACUCCCAAAUGGACCCUGUGGGGUAUAGCCGGCACAUGGUGGUGACUGUCACCCGCUUCCUCUGUGGCUUCCUGGUCCCAGUCCUCAUCAUCACAGCUUGCUACCUCACCAUCGUCUGCAAACUGCAGCGCAACCGCCUGGCCAAGACCAAGAAGCCCUUCAAGAUUAUUGUGACCAUCAUCAUUACCUUCUUCUGCUGCUGGUGCCCCUACCACACACUCAACCUCCUAGAGCUCCACCACACUGCCAUGCCUGGCUCUGUCUUCAGCCUGGGUUUGCCCCUGGCCACUGCCCUCGCCAUUGCCAACAGCUGCAUGAACCCCAUUCUGUACGUUUUCAUGGGUCAGGACUUCAAGAAGUUCAAGGUGGCCCUCUUCUCCCGCCUGGUCAAUGCUCUAAGUGAAGACACAGGCCACUCUUCCUACCCCAGCCAUAGAAGCUUUACCAAGAUGUCAUCAAUGAAUGAGAGGACUUCGAUGAAUGAGAGGGAGACCAGCAUGCUUUGAGCCUCACUGUGGAACCCAUCAAUGGACUCUCUCAACCCAGGGACACCCAAGGAUAUAUCUUCUGAAGAUCAAGGCAAGAACCUCUUUAGCAUCCACCAAUUUCCACUGCAUUUUGCAUGGGAUGAACAGUGUUUUAUGCUGGGAAUCUAGGGCCUGGAACCCCUUUCUCCUAGUGGACAGAAUGUGCUGUGUUCCACACAGCCUUGGACUAGCAAUUUAUGCUUCUUGGGAGGCCAGCCUUGACUGAUUCAAAGCAAAAAAGGAAGAAUUCUCAAAAGCAUUGCCAUGAACUGGGAUUGGCACAGGGUGGUGGGAUUAAGCUGCCUAUUGUGUGUGCCCCAGAAAUGACACUCUCCAAGGUCCAUUCCUGGUGUGAGCAGUGAGGGGGUCAGAGCAAACCCAGUGUGAUGCAGAUCACACUUGGCCCUUGUAUAUCUAUUAUCAGUAGCUGGCCAGAAAACCCUACCUUCAAGUCGCUGCUCUGUGUUAAAGUAUGUGGAAAUGCAUAGGUGAUCUGGGAGAGGAAGGUGACAUAUCAGCCCAUGAACUCCAUAGACCAUGAAUUUGGCUUUCGGAUCAGCUAGGAAGACAGAGAAAUGGUCCUGAGAGGUCCUGUGGGCUCUUUGCAAGGGCAAGACAAGUGAGGGAUGCAACGAGGACUUGAGAUUUGGCAAAGGAAUGAGAAAGGAGAAAAGAACCUUCAAAGGAUGCAGCCAUGGAGCAGCUCACCCUAGAACAUCGCAGGCUAAUGGUGCUUUAGGCUGGAGCUAUUUGGGGGGUCAGGGUGGUGCCAGCCCCUGAUCUCACCUUGCCCUUCUUACCUGGGGGUGGGGUUGUGGCAGGCAUCUUCACCAGCAGACCUCACCCCAUCACAGGGAUUUUUUUCUGCCUUUCCUAAUCCACUCAGCUCUGGCUGGAGGUGCUUGGAAUAAAACACUGGUGGCGGGGCUUCUCAUUCUGGUUAAUUUCCUCAAUGCCUUUGGAGACGGGUCCAAAAUGCAGCUUUGGGAAGCAACUCCGGAGAGUCCCCUGGGAAGAAGAGUAUGUCCGAGGACUCAGUCACUUGAGACAGAGUCUGGAGCUGGACUCCUUGAACUGUGUUUCAGAGCUGCAGACACCAAAUACCUCCUGGAUACAGGUGCCUGGCAUGGCUUUUCUCAUCUAAUACUGACACGUCCCUCUGGCCACAGAGUGUCAUUGCCCCAUUUACAAAUGACAUAGCUGAGGCCCAGAGGGGGAAAGUAACUUGCCCAACAUCACACAGCUAAUCAGUGGCAGAGUUAAGAUCUGAACCUGGCUCUGUCUGGCUCCAGAAACUCUGUUCUUCUAUUUGGAAUUUAUCUGUGGAGAUUAUUCCAGUAUAUUGAUAGCCUACAUUUAUUGAGCACUUUUUAUAUUAUGCACUUUACAUAUGUUUUCUCAUUUAAUCAUUACAGCAACACUGAGUUAGGUAUGGUUAUAACUUCCCUUUUACAUAGGAGGAAUCCGAGGCUUAGAGAGGUUAAGUAACUUGCCCAAAGGUACCCAGCUAGUCUCUGCCAGAGCUCGGAUUUGAACUUCAGUUUGCCUGGCUCAAAUGAGGCUGCAGAGUCGGGAAGGACCUAAAAAGUUUGGAGAUUUUUGCCAUAGAUAUUGAUUCUUCUGCAAAUGAAUAUGAACAUCUUAAUGGCCUUUAAGAAACUUUGCAAAUAGUUUUCAAAAAUGAUGCAACAUGGCAGAGAAAAUGCACUUGGCUUCCAGCUCCCUCAACAGCCAUUAACAGCCUCCUACCAUGGCUCCCACCUCCUGUGUCUCCAGAGAUCAAGGCAAUGGGGAGGGAAGGCUGGCAGGAGGCAGACCCUUGUGGGCCCGAGGCCCUUUGGCUCCUAAGUGUCCACAUUCUGUUCUCUUCCAAGUCCCUUCAUUGUUAAGCUGAUUCUCCAACAAGAUGCAGCGAACAGAUGCAUUGUCUACCCCGCGCCGGGCGAGUUCCCGAGGCCACGGGCUGUUUGGAAUCACACUUCAUUAAGAGACAAACUGUUCCUUCCCUUAUUGUGCCUUAAUGCUUAUGACAAGGCAGCUCUGAAUUGACCCCAAGCUGGAGCCUCUGAAUGCUUUAAAGAGUUUGAACAUAGACGGUUUGAGAGCAAAAAGGGAGCUUUAAAUAUUGCUCAGUGGCCCCCAUCUCCCCUCUUCCCACAUUUACUGAGGCACGAGAUGGAAUGGGACCUGUCCCAGGUCACAGCAGCAGUCGUCAGCGACUUGGCCCUCCUGGCUUGUAGGAUGCUGCUUUUCCUGGGCUUCUGGCAGUCCAGGCCAGGAUGGGUGAGCCAAGAAUUCAUGUUGUCAUUGGAAAAGCUGAUAAACAGGAGCACAAUUCAAA